AUGAUUUCGGAAUACAAAAAAAUAUUAAAACAUUUAAAAAAAAAAUUAAUACUUUUGCGAAAAAAUAAAAAUAGAAGGAAUAGAACAGUUAGUUUAAUCCAUUCUCCCACUCUCAAGGAAUUAUCAGAAAAGAAUGAAAGAAGUCAGUUAUCAAUUAAAAUCAUUAAAUACGUUGACGAACUCUUGUCUGAAUAUGGUGAUGCAAUUUGGCCUGAAUUCUUUAAAAAUCCUCUCGAGCCUGCCCAACAUACCGUUGAUGCAGCUAAUGACUCAGAUUGGAUCGGGUAUGGGGAUAUAUCCAUGUCUCCUUAUGAUACCGCAUGGGUCGCAAUGAUUCCAAAUAAAGUUUAUAAAGAAUUGAAAUCUUCCAAAGAUUUCAGCCUAGCGUUUCCUCAAUGUUUUAUAUGGCUCUUUGAUAAUCAAGAUGACAACGGUAGUUGGGCAGGUAACGGUGCUGGUAGCAUAGCACCAGGACUUGCCGGCCUUCUUGCGCUCUGUUUUUUCCGGUCUCAUUCCGGUGAAUAUUUUGAAACAAAAUUGAAUGAUUUGGGACUAAAUAUUGAACAAUUUACCAUAAUUUUUGAGAAAGCCACAAAAUUCCUACAAAAUACACUGAAUGAAUGGAACAUCGACGACCUUGACAUGACAGGUUUUGAAUUAAUAAUUCCCUAUCAGCUGUCUGUCUUGGCACGACUUGAAAAACCAGUUGUGUUUAAUUUCCCUGAAAAACAACGACUUUUACGAGAAAAUGAAAAAAAAUUAAGCCUUAUUUCUCCAGAAGCGAUCCUCACUUUAGCAAAAAACAGACAACCCACGACCCUUACACAUUCUAUUGAAGCAUUUUGCGAAAAAAUUGACUUUUCAUUAAUCCAAAAUGAAGGCUUCCAAGCGAUUAAUGGUAGUUAUGGAUCCUCACCAGCGGCUACUGCUUCUGUGCUUUUACAUGCACCAAAAUGGGAUAAUAAAGCGUUUGAGUUUUUAAAAAAAAUAAUUUCCCAAUGUCCAUCCUAUGCUAAAAGUCAUGGACUUGUUCCUACUUUAAGUGAUAUAGGGAUAUUUGAAACAACUUGGGUAAUGCAUUCUAUCGGAGAUUUAUGCCUUGAUAUUCGUGCAAAUAAGAACGUUAAUUUUGAGGAACAAUCAAUUAUUAAGCUUUUCUCUAAAAGCCACACAUUUAUUAAAUACCUUUCUGCGUUAAACAAAAUACAAGGCGGCACUCUUCGAUGGGCUAGUUGGGACAAUAGGAUACCAGCAGAUGUUGACGAUUCAGUUGUAAGUAAUUGGCUUAUCAGACAGUUUGAUCCUUUUAGUACAAUCGACCUUGAUGUUAUCACAAAAACCUUUUAUAAUGGCAAAUAUUUCAAAAGUUUCCCUAGUGAGAAAACAUUCUCGGUCAGCUGCAACGUACAUACGGUAAACCUUUUGGUCUUGGAAUAUCAACGUGUUCAAUCCAAGAACAAAAUGAUAACCAUUCUUACAGUUGACAAAAAUGGUGAUACAAAAAAGGUCACUUUAGAAGAAGUAAUUCCGACUGUAAUAAAAUUCAUAGUCUCUCAACGAAAAAAGAAUGGAAUAUGGUUGGAUAAAUGGAAUAAAAGCCCGGCUUACACAACUUUUAAGGCAAAUAAUCUACUAUUAUCCUUGCAAGCUUAUCCAAACCUACGCGCCAAAUCAGGGUUUAUCACAAACAAAGCACUUCGCGACUAUUGCAGAAAAACUGUCGACUGGGCAUUAAAUACGCAGCAUGAGGAUGGAAGUUGGGGUGAACCAUCGAGUACAGGACCUGGAAACCUUGAAGAAACGAGUUAUGCUAUUAGAUUACUAAAGACUGCAGCCAAAAAUUGGUGUGAUGAUAAAACAAUUCGAACGGCAUUACAUGCUGGUAAAAAAUAUCUUAUUAAAUAUCUUGAUGAGUCGAUGACAGACCCAGGAUAUUUUCAUACAAAACAACCGUUUUUAUGGAUUAAUAAACAACUUUAUACCGCACCUAGGAUCAUUAAAACAUCUAUUCUUACAUCCCUCUGGGAGGACUAA